CAAAGGCAAGGCAAGGGAAACGGAAAAAGGCUUUUAACAUGUAAGCUAAGCUGAAACUUGCAAACCCCAACGGCUCAACCCCCCUCUCGAUCGAAGAUUUCUUCUCCGGCUAUUCACCGAUCAUCCACAACUCAAUCGUUUGCUCUCGAUCCUUCUACUCGAAGCCUAUAAGUUAAUUUCUUCUCGGACAUGGGGUUGUGGACACUACUAGAGGGCUGCCUGCUUCUUGCAAAUGCACUAGCUAUACUAAAUGAAGAUCGAUUUCUUGCCCCAAGAGGGUGGAGCUUCCAAGAGUUUUCUGGUGUUAAAAGAAAUUCACUCAAGGGACAGAUUCUUGGGCUGAUAUACGCGACUCAGUACCUAAGAGUUCCUCUUAUACUUCUCAAUUUGCUGUGCAUUGUUGUGAAGCUGGUAUCAGGUUGAGGUCCGGUUGCACUCAGGGGCGUGUUUCUUCGGUUUGAUCAAGAAGAUAGCAAACUUGGGAAGGUUGUAUCACCGAGAUUGAGACAUAUUAUGUUUUAAACAAGAUGGUAAUCCCGCAAUUGAAUUUUCAUCGAUAGCUUAGCUAGUUCUAGAGGAUCAAGUUUUAUUCCGUCAUGAAUGGAUCAACAAAGGUUGUUAGACACUAUUUUCGCCGUUUCUUGCAGUGUUGCAGUUCCUCCAUGAAUCUCAUCAUAGUCUUGUGCUAAACUUUUGUGGGAUAUUUACUAAUUAUGUAUAAUGUAAAGAGAUCAUAAAAAUACAGUGAGUUUGGUUGUAUGCAUAGAGGGAUUGCUAUUCUAUAAUAUCUCGACUUAUUUA